UCUUCUUCCUAUUUUCAAGAUCUGGGCUUCCUAAUUUGAGCAUCAUGUGUGGCCCAUUCAAAUCCUUGCAGGGCAUUUUGCACCUCCUGGAAAUAAUCUUCAGCACUUUAUCUCUCGUCGCCGUCAUCUUCAGGGGCCAUGUAAUGAUUCCAUGGGGCAUCUGGUGUGAGUUUGUCUGGGUUUUCUGCAUCAUUGUGCCCCUGGUCCUGAUUGUGGUGGAGGCCAAAAAGUGGAAUGUCCUCCUGGCUGCCUUCCUACCCAACUGGGCUGACCUGAGCUGCGGGCUGACCCUGCUGUGUACUGUGAUGAUCAUCUCCGCCACAGUCGCCUUUGCAGCUAUUUUCGUCUGCCUCUCCUGCAUUCCGAGCAUCAUGUGUUUCAUCUUCUCCCUGGUUGCCACUGGGGUCUUCCUGGUUGAUGCGAUAAUGCAAAAAAUGAAGUGUCCAAGUGGCUACUUCUCCAGCCUGAGAGGAGUUCUCCGUACAGCAGAAGCCUUUAUAGCUUGUAUUAUUAUCACUGCAGGCCAUGACUUCUUUGUAAGACUGGAAUGGUACAAUCACCCGCCUGGGAUGAUAUGCAGCAUCGUUGUGUUUGCCAUUUGCCUGAUCGUCACUGUGAUCAUCAUUAUUCUCAAUCUACUCAAACUACUACAGCGUCUAGUCCCAUGCGGGCUGAAUAAGUUGGAGCUUGUGUUCGACAUCGUGGCAGUGCUGUUGUACCUGCUCGCUAUCAUUCUUUGGUGUGUCUUUGGUUAUAAACGCUAUUAUUACCGCUAUGAAUACAAUGCUACCAACUUCUGCCACAGUUGUGCCUUUGCAGACCUGAAUGCUGUUACUGUUGGAGCCAUAAUCAAUCUUAUCCUUUACAUUGUAGAUCUGGUUUUGGCUUUUAAAGCUCGCUAAAAAUAUAGACAUGACGUGCUCAAAGAUUGAUGGAAAC